GUUUCCUGUUGUGUGAAAAAGCGUGUGGUCGGUCGGUAGAUGAGUGUGAUGUGCUCCAGGGAAGACGUCUAUUAGUCUUGUCAAGCAGGAAGGAUUUCAGUCGAUGUUCCAACAAGACCCUGCAAUAGAAUGUGCUGACAUCGUAAGCAGCAGUGAUGUGGACCAGAACACCAACCGGGAUAAACGGGACCGCCGGGUACUCCUACCAGGAGGAGGUGUUCCUGGGCAACGGCACUCUGACCUACGUCCCCAACUCCAGCCUGCCUUCUCCGCUGCUGCCAGACAAGACCGGCAGCAUCAAACCUGACUGUGAGCAAGUCCACAUUGCCGUGGAGCUCUUUCUGACUCUGGGAAUCAUUUCCCUGUUGGAGAAUAUCCUGGUCAUCACAGCCAUUGUGAAGAACAAGAACCUUCAUUCUCCCAUGUACUUCUUUGUGUGCAGUUUGGCAGUAGCGGACAUGUUGGUGAGCGUGUCCAACUCUUGGGAAACGGUGGUCAUUUACCUGCUCAACAACCAACAGCUGGUGGUGGAGGAACACUUCAUCCGACACAUGGACAACGUCUUCGACUCCAUGAUCUGCAUCUCUGUGGUGGCCUCCAUGUGUAGUCUGGUGGCCAUCGCAGUGGACAGGUACAUCACCAUCUUCUACGCACUGAGGUACCACAACAUCAUGACGGCGAGGCGAGCCGGCUGCAUCAUCGGCAGCAUCUGGGCCUUCUGCACCGGCUGUGGAAUUGUCUUCAUCAUCUACUCAGACACCACCUCCGUCAUCAUCUGCCUGGUGGCCAUGUUCUUCAGCAUGCUGCUCUUAAUGGCGUCCCUCUACAGCCACAUGUUCAUGCUGGCGCGCUCGCACGUCAAGCGCAUCGCCGCGCUGCAACAGGGCUACAGCAGCGUCCGCCAGAGGACCAGCCUGAAGGGCGCCAUCACACUCACCAUCCUCCUGGGCAUCUUCAUUGUCUGCUGGGCUCCAUUCUUCCUCCACCUCAUCCUGAUGAUCUCCUGUCCCAGGAACUUGUACUGUGUGUGCUUCAUGUCCCACUUCAACCUCUACCUCAUCCUCAUCAUGUGCAACUCCGUCAUCGACCCGCUCAUCUACGCCUUCAGGAGUCAGGAGAUGCGCAAGACUUUCACCGAGAUCUUUUGUUGCUUCAACCCUAGGAACUGCUACACCAACAUCUGCGCUCUGACUGCCAAGUGUUGAACACCUGAAGCUGCUCAUCACUUUUGGAAAAAACAUGGAGGUUAUAUCAUCCCUAAAAGCCUGUUACGCAGAUUUCCCUAAAGAGCAGAGAAACCUGCAAAACAGGCUUGUAGGGAUAAAAUAACCUCCAUGUUUUUUUUCCUGUAUAUAUAUACAGGAAAAAAACAUGGAGGUUAUUUUAACUGGGGAUUAAAUCACCAAAAAUGAUUCCCGGGCACAGCCACCGCUGCUGCUCACUGCUCCCCUCACCUCACAGGUGGCGAUCAAGGGUGAUGGGUCAUAUGCAGGAUCAUUUCACCACACCUAGUGUGUGUGUGACAAUCAUUGGUACUUUAACUUUAAAGGGGAACAUUAUCACAAUUUCAGAAGGGGUUAAAACCAAUAAAAAUCAGUUCCCAGUGGCUUAUUUCAUUUUAGUUUUUUUUCUAAAUUUUACCCAUCAUGGAAUAUCCCGAAAAAAGGCUUUAAAGUGCCGGAUUUUCGCUAUCUUUAAAUCCAUCGUCCAUUUUCCUGUGACGUCAUUUAGUGAUGCCAACAUGGCGGAUAGCACAGCAAGAUAUAGCGACAUUAGCUCGGAUUCAGACUCGGAUUUCAGCGGCUUAAGCGAUUCAACAAAUUACGCAUGUAUUGAAACGGAUGGUUGGAAUAUGGAGGCAGAUAGCGAAAACGAAAUUGAAGAAGAAACUGAAGCUAUUGAACAAAUAGCUUUUGAAGCUAUUCGGCGAUCGCCUUCCAACCAAUGAUUGAGGGUAUCCAUACACCUCUGUGCCAUGUCUGUCGUAGCAUUGCCGUUAAAAUGUGCAGGAGCAACUUAAAUCCGUCGAUUGGUAAGUGUUUGUUUGCCAUUAAAUGUGGGUGGAGUGAAAGGCUGGAUGCAAAUAUAGCUACAAAUAAACAUACAGCUAGCCUAAAUAGCAUGUUAGCAUCGAUUAGCUGGCAGUCAUGCCGCGACCAAAUAUGUCUGAUUAGCACAUAAGUCAAUAACAUCAACAAAACUCACCUUUGUGAUUUCGUUGACUUUAUCGUUGGAAAUGCAUCUGCUUUGGGUAUCCAUACAUUUCUUUGCCAUGUCUGUCGUAGCAUCGCCGAUAAAAUGUGCAGAUGAGGGACUUUGGAAUCUUUUGACCACUGGAGCAAUUUAAAUCCGCCGAUUGGUAAGUGUUUGUUUGGCAUUAAAUGGGGGUGGAGGAAAUGGCUGGAUGCAAAUAGAGCUACAAAUGAGGCAUAACUAUGCAAUAUGUAUAUACAGCUAGCCUAAAAAGUAUGUUAGUAUCGAUUAGCAUGCCGUGCUAAUCGAUGCACACUCCACGUAAGACAACUUGAAUCCGUCCCUGAUCGUGUUGUUACACCCUCCGACAAGGCAUGAUGUGUCCAAGGUACGGAAAACAGUCAAAAAAACGGAAAAUAUUAGAGCUGAUUUGACUCGAUGUUUGUAAUGUGUUUGACAAAAUGGCGAAUUGACUACCUAAGUGACGUCACCUUUAAAUCACCCAAAUUCACCCAUUUAGAGUUCCGAAAUCGGUUAAAAAAAUAUAUGGUCCUUUUCUGCAACAUCAAGGUAUACAUUGACGCUUACAUAGGUCUGGUGAUAAUGUUCCCCUUUAACUUAAUAUAUGCGAAUGUAUCUCGGCAAGUUACAACAUUUGUAAGACACAUGAUCAUAACCCAUUUAUUUCAAAGCAAUUUGUUAAAAAUUGUUUAAACACUAUAUCUAUUCUUCAAUGUCUUGUCAUCAGGCAAACUCAGCUUUUUACCUGUCGCCAGAAUAAAAUGUUAUUCUUAUUCAAGGGUUAACCUGAUAAAACUAAACUCGUUGGUUGUUUCAUAUAUCUAAAUCUUAUCCAACAACAAAACAUGAAGGCAGAAGUAUGGAUGCACAGUUGAUUUGAAUUCUUCUAGCUUCAAGCUUGAGGCGGGAACCCGUGUCGCAGAGAGAGCAGGCAAAGUGCAGGUGAAGAAAUAUUUUUUAUUAGGGAAAGCACAAACAAAACGUAGCAGGCACCAGGAACAAAAGAACAGUUUUGCGAAAUUUUGAGGUCCAAAGAACAGGACGAUGUCCAGGGGAUCAGGGCAGUACCUGAUUGGCAACCAGGGAUAAGUGAGGGAAGCAGCACUCAGGUCGAAGAUGAAGAAUAAACGAUAAUAAACCCAAGGUCAAAGUGUCAUGGAGAAUCAAGACAAAAUGUGAAUAUAUAUAUUUUUUCUGUAGCCUGAGAUUGUUUUCACACUGCAGGAGGAAAUGUUGAAAAUAGCAAAUGUCACAGAAGUCUGGAGGUUGGAUCAAAUGGUCGCCAAGCUUCACAGGAAAAAGGAGUGAGCAUCAUAUCAAGUCACAAGAUAAUAAUAAUAAUAAUAUUGUUGACAUUAUUAAUAUUAAUAUUAUUAUUCAAAAUAAUAACAUUAAUGAUGAUAAUAAUAUCUCUGGUCAGGUUGGUACAUAAACAGUCGACUGCUACCUUCAUGAAAAAAAUACAAAUAAGUGACUGUCCUGAUUCAAUGACUGGAUGAAUAGAAAUGAGCAAUAAUAAUAACUAUGAUUAUUAUUGUUAAAAAGUGGGUCCACUGUCAGUACAUUAAAUAUUUUGGAAUUACAAUGACAAACGGUCUAUAUUGUUGCUUUGAACAAUGUCUUUUUGCAGUACUUUGCAAGACUUUACAGGACUUUGCAGGACAUUGCAGUACUACUGUAUGCCCUCGAGGUGAACGUGUUCUACCGUACCACGUAUUACAAUAUUGUUAUUGUGUUCUUCAUUAAUGAUGACAACAACAACAAACCAUGUAAAUAUGAAAUACGCUUUGUGUUUGUUUGUGAAAUAAAAGUACAAAAGUUAA